CUCACCAAACUUGCCAGUCACCCUCGACUCGUCGACAACACUCCAAACACAACCUCCGCCAGAUUUAGCGCAACUUUUGAAAUCAUGAGUAUGACCUUAUUCGGAUGUCACGCGAUCCCUAUUCGCAUCAAGAUUUUGCUCGACCGACUACUGUCUGCCCAACUUCUCCAGUCAGAUGUGGUUCGCCUGUUGCUCUCAUUUGGAUGGACAUUCCAAGACUACAGUCGAGGAUACAUGCUCACUAAUUCCAGUGGCCAGCUUCGAGAACAAUGGGAAAUCUGUCGCUUGGAUGAAGAACCUCUGAUAAUCCAACAAUUUAUCCGCUUUCCCGAAACACGAGUCCUUGCACAAGACAUGCUGAAGCUAGGUUCCUUUAGACCUCCGAGUCCUUCUGGUAAUCUUACGUCAAAUCUCUCUCCGAGUAUGGGCCUAUGCAAUGGUCAGUAUACGCCGUCACCCAAAACCUCGAGUUCGCAAGGUCCGAUUUCACCCACGUUCAGCCUAGAAGACAAACCAUCCCUGAAAAUUACCAAUGACGUUAAAAACCUUUUCUACUCUUCGGCAACUCAGUGCUCUCCAGCAACACGCUCUCUUACGAUUUCUUCUUUGUCCGGGAGCUCUUCAUCUUCAGGUUCCCCAUCAAACGAAGGCAAACUUACCUCCCAGUUGAUGAAUAAGAACUCCGUAUCCUGUCAGAAGGGAGCUAACAAGCUACCGGAUUACUCAUCAGGUCUGAACAUGUCACUGCAUAAUGAAUCCGGAAAGGAGUCAGGAGCUAAUGGAAGUUCCGUUGUGUGUUCCUUCCCCAAGGAUGAUCAUGCAGUCGACCAAGUUCAAGCAAAUAAUCCUUUGGUCGCUGCGAUGGCUGCUGCGGCAUUAUCGGGAAUGCCAACAAAUCCAACUCUUGGGAACUUUGGUCCACUUCUAGCCAGUUCCAACAGAACCAUGACGAAUACAAAAUUCCCGAGUCCCAACCCCUUACUGAUAAACGAUCUAAUGUGUGUAGAUGGAAGAUCGCCUGUCGUGAAAGAUUUAAAAGCACUCAACUCAACACCGACUAACCGGGAGCUGUGUGAACAACCGCGUUUGACAUUGACUCCAGCCACUUCGGCAGUUUCGUCUUCAACAUCGGGGAAUGAAGCUCACGUGGGGUCCGAGAACUGGUCCGCCUUAUCCAUGCAACAGCCAUUUGGUUCACCUGUCUUCGGAUAUGGUAACAAUCCAUUUGGCUCCACCGGGUUCCCCUUUCCGCAACAGUUAGCCCAUCUGCUGGCUACCGCACUGCGAAACAAAUCAACAGGGGAAACAUCAGCAAACCUACCACCCGGUUUUAAUCCAUUAGAUCUGAUAUCGAGUAAUCCGGCAUUAUUCCAGCAUCUAACCAACCAGCUGGCAGCAUCUCAAAGUGUCAUCCCGAAUGACAGUUUUGCUGGUCAGAUGUUUCCUCAUGCGUUUGGUCAAGUGUCCAACAGUUUCUGGUCUUCGAUGGAACAGACAUUCUCCGGCGACCUUCAUAAAAGGCAGGAACAGCUACUUAACUCCUCGUCAAACAGAAGUGCACUAUACUUGUCCUCACUGACGUCACGUCAACAGCAACAGAUGCCCAGAGGUGGUACUAAGUCGUUUACUGGACCAAACAGUGAUCUGUCCGAGACGAUAACGAAAACAUUAAUGCCUGCCUUUUCCACAACGCACACGACAUUUGCUCAGCGAGAUGGUCUGGAUACUUUCGAUAUUGGACGGGAUUUACAGACAACGGAACUGAUUCAACCACAUCGCAAACCGUUCGAGGCUAACAACAGUCACAAAUCAAAGAACGGACACAACGUUUUUGGUGCGCAACAAACAGGAAAGCGACGAGUGGAUGGAAAGAGACAGGACAACUCGAAACGCGUAGGGUACCAAGCAGCAGAGAGCACGCACCUAUCUCCUUACUUAGACGAUCGCGGAUCGGUGAACGGUUCAAGUGUGUCCAGAAACAAGAAGCGCGUUCUCUGCACCACGUGCAAAAAAUCUUUCUGUGACAAAGGAGCCCUCAAGAUACAUUACAGUGCCGUUCACCUGAAGGAGAUGCACAAAUGCACUAUCAAGGGCUGCAGCAUGUGGUUCAGUUCCCGCCGAAGUAGGAAUCGUCAUUCAGCGAAUCCCAAUCCCCGACUACACAUGACCCAUGCAAGCAAGAAACUUCCAGAUAACGCGACGAUCGUCGAUGACGGCAGUGGUAAAGUCAUUGGACGAAGAAAUCCGUUACCAAACUCGGUUCUCAAUCCGCCAUUGCUUCCAAGUGCCACACGAGGUACAUCAGAAUCGGCAUGGGGGGAAGAUCAAAUCGGAACAUUUGACACACUUCGUCCCCCAGUACUACUGGAUGGGACACAUUCCCUUCUUACGAGACGUGGGCGUGCGCGAACUGUGGAUAUGUACUCUACAAUACCUCCGUCAAUAGAUUCCAUGAGUCAGGCCUCUGAAGAAAGCACUCCUGCCAAUUUGGCUGACGGGAAAAAGGACAGGGUAAGAGAAAACGAGCGUGGUUCCCCUGCAAACCACAAACACUGGGAAGAUUCCGGAAAUCACGACAAUGUUUCUGGAACAGACAAUGAGAGUGAUUAUGAAGAGGGCGUGUUUGUUCCCGAAGGCAUGGAUCUUGAAGACGAUGAGGAAGAGACAGAUUUUGUGCACGAAGCACAUUCUCAGUCACCUCACAGUCCGAAUUCCAACAUGAAUGAACAGGGGGAAGCUUUAACUGGACAG